CUGGCAGCCACACACUCACAUAGCACUGUGGCUUUUAGCAUUUCGAUCAUCCUCCUGGAUCAAUACCUCCGCCGUUACCGUUUCUGCUAUUUCGAUCCCGCUGGAAUAAGAGCGCUCAGGACCCCUGCUGCUGCCUCCUGGAACGCCUGAGACAUGGCACAAGUCCAGAGGGUGCAGAAGAAGACCAGCACCAUGUCCCUGACCAUCUCCUCCUCGUCCUCGUCCUCGUCCUCCUCCCUGACCUCGUCCCGGGAGCUGUCCUCGUGCUCGUCCUCCGUCCUGGCUCAGAGGCACUCCAGCCUGGUGCAGCCGCUCAGCGUCAGCCCGCAGAGGACUCAGAGUCCCGUCUCCACCCUGCAGUACUCGGGGACGGGAGUGGCGCCCGCCUUCGUUAAGGUCCUCCAUGACGUGUCCACGGUGAAGGGGCAGCUGGUGGUCCUGGAGUGCCGCCUCCGAGGGACCCCGCCCCUGCAGGUCAUGUGGUACAGGGAGGACGAGCAGAUCCUGGACUCGGACGACUUCAGGAUACUGCGCAAGAAGGCCAGCUCCGCCUCGGUGCCAGAGGAGCUGUGCACCCUGGUCAUCACCGAGGCCUUCCCCGAGGACUCGGGCCGCUUCAAGUGCGUGGUCAUCAACCCGUACGGCACCGUGUCCUGCUCCGCCUCCCUGGAGGUCUACAACGACCUGGAGGAGCAGCUGGAGAUGGAGACCCUCCCCCAGCAGGAGGCGGCUCCGCCCCAGACCGGAGGGGAGGACUUCAUGAACCUGCCGCCCCCCGAGUGGCCCGACAGCCCUCCUGAGGACAGCGCGCUGGAGGCCGAUUUCCCCGAGCCUCAGCCGGCCAACCACUCCUCUGAGGAAGCGUUCGGUCGCAGCGAGGAGGAGAGUGCCCUGAGCUCUGAGGGUCAGAGGUCACCGGAGGUGGCCACGAGCCAGACCCGUACGCCCAGCCCUCCUCCGCCUCCGCCCUCGCCGCCGUCGCCGGCCGCGGAGAAAGCCGCCGCGCCCAAACUCUUCACCCCGAGCAAGCUGACUUUCGCAUCCUCCCAGUCCGCAACCGGCAACAUGAACCUGUCCGACCUGCCCACCUUCACCCCCAGCGCCUUCCCUCCCAGCGCCUUCAACUACGAGCGGCCGCGGCAUUUCAUCCAGUCGCAGCCGGCGUUCCAGGCGCCCAGCUACGAGAGCGUGCUGAGAGAGGCCCAGGAGAACCAGGACCACAGCCCCGGCGCCGCGCAGACCGCCGUGGAGACGCAGGCCAAGUCCACGCAGAGCCAGUCGGUGUCCAGGUCCAUGUCACAGACUCAGUCCCAGUUACAGUCCCUGAGCCUCAGUGAGACCCAGACCCAGAGCCACACCCAGACCCAGAGCCACACCCAGACCCAGACCCAGAUCCAGACCCAGACCCAGAUCCAGGCCAAUGGGACCGCCAAGUCCUCCCCGUCUUCCUCCAGCCUCAACUCUCCCAUUUCCACGCCAGCGUCCUCCGUCGCCCCUCUCCUCAGCCCCCCCGCCACCGCCACCCCCUCCCCGGCCUCCACCCUUCCCCGCACCACCCUGCGCUCCACCAUCACCCUCACCCCCAGCGUCCCCAGCGCCACCGGCCUCGGCAGCGCCAGCCUGCCCGCCAACCAGGACGUCAUGUCGGCGCCCGCCGCCUACCUGUGCUCCGUGCUGCCCUCCCAGUCCUCCUUCUCGGCGUUCUCCAAACCGUCGCCCAGCCGCUCGCCGCUCUCCCCCUCCAGCCCCCUGCUGCCCCUGAGGGCCGCCGGCUCGCCGUCCUCCCUCCACCAGCAGCCUUUCCCGGUCUCUCCCUCCACCCCUCGCUCCGACCUUCCCGGCUCUCCCUCCGGUGACGGCAGGGCGCCGCCGGCGGUGGUCUCUCUGCCCGCCGGCUACAAGCAGACGCCCAGCAUCCUUCCCAAGCCCAUCCUGAAGAAGUCUGUCGCUCCUCGCCCGUCUUCCGCUCGCUCCACAGACGAAGACAUCCAGGGCUCCAAAGACGCCCUGAUCCAGGAUCUGGAGAAGAAGCUCCGCUCCAAGGACGCCCGGCGGAGAACCGGCCAGAAACUGUCCUAUGAGGAGCGUAUGGCUCGCAGGCUGCUGGGUCCAGACAGCGCCACCUACAUGUUUGACCAAGACGGUCUUUCAGACUCACAGCUCCACCAGCCUGAAUCACCUGAAGGACGACACAAAGGUGGACUCUGGGGGCGGCACCAUUCAGGGACAGACGAGCGGGGCAACGAAGGAUCGGCUAUCCAGGAGAAAUGUUACGCUCCGCGCUUCCUGCAGAUCCCCCCCGACCUGACCGUGGAGGAGGGCCGCUUCUGCAGGAUCGACUUCAAGGUGGGCGGCCUCCCGACCCCAGACGUGUGCUGGUACCUGGACGGCAAAGCCAUCCGUCCGGACGACUACCACAAGAUGCUGGUGUGCGAGAAGGGCAUGCACUCCUUCAUCAUCGAGAUCGUGACGGUGCACCACGCCGGCGUGUACGAGUGCGUGGCCCGGAACCGUGCCGGCGAGAGCCGCUUCACCAUGAGGCUGGACGUCAUAGCUCAGGAGGUUCUCCGUCCGCCCACCUUCAUCCAGAAGAUGUUGAACUCCAGAGCUCUGGAGGGCGACACCGUUCGGUUAGAGUGCAAGGUGGACGCCUCGCCUCCGCCACAGCUCUUCUGGAAGAAAGACAAAGACAUGCUGCGCAUUGACCCCAACAGAAUGAGUCUGUACCAGGACGGCUCCGGGCGGCAGUGCCUGUUGAUAGAGCGGCUGGUGAAGUCGGACGCCGGCUGGUACACCCUCUCUGCCAUCAAUGAGGCCGGCAUGUCCACGUGCAACGCCAGGCUGGACGUGGGCACGCGGACCACCCCGGCCAUGAAGACGGCGCCGCCCGGCUCCAAGACGCUGAAGCUGCUGUCGUCGCUGAGCCACGUUCCCGCCCUGACAGUGGAGAGCCCCGCCCAGCACACGGCGCCGCUGUACGAGAGCGAGGAGCUGUAGGGAGACCCCAUAAGCUGGAAACAUAACUGUGAUUUUAUUCUGUUCUAUUUCUGUACGUGUCGCUAACGCAGUAACGCUGCCAGGUUUCAGCCAAUCGCAGCACUGCUUCUAAUCGCUUCUACCCACAAUCCCUCGGUGCUUGUUUGAAGCGUAGCCUCCCGAUCUGUGUAAAGUGUCUGAAUCUAUUUAUUUGAAGUUGUUCAGCGUGAAACGAGUCGCAGAGCGAGCCGCCGCUCCGGCGCCCGUCUGCGUCUGCAGUGCAGAUGAAGACGCUGCGCUCCACAGGAGAGUCCCGGGCGCCGGGGCGGCGGCCCGCUUCGGACCCAGGACCCAGAGCCCGGAACCCAGAACCCAGAACCCAGAACCCAGAACCCGGGCCCCGUUUACACCUCCAGGCUUCAGGCGAUGGACUCCCGAUGUGUUUUGGGCGUCGGUUUACACGACGGUGACGCUGGAAACACACGGUCUGGCAUGCUAGCUAUAUUGUUUUCUGAACUGUUGUCGUGGAAACGGGGCCUGAGAACAGAGCUUCAUGUGCCGGCUUUCUUCCAGGAUGGAUUCUUCAACUAAAUCCCAGAAAAAUAGUUUUUUUUUUUUUAGCUGCAUGCAAAGUGAAAAUCUGACAUUUAAUCCCAAUAAUAAAUCUCUGAAAGAGGAAGCCUGGUCUCUCUCUGACGUAUUGACUGGUCAGGGGUUAAAGGUCAGAUUUUCUGCAGGUCAGUCAUGUUUGGAGCUGAGAGCAGAAGGUUACAGGCUGUACCUUCAGACUGAGGCCUGUAGGGAGUGGAGUGUUUUCUGUUUGUUGUGUUCAGUUCUGUAUGAAUGAGGAAUAAAGUCUCUGGCCUCGG